CUUCGUCCACUCCUCGAGAGACACGACACUCGGAGAGAAAACUAACCCUUUAUUGGGAAGGUUUACUACCCGAAAAACUACAACUGUCAAAUGGCGCUGUUGCCGGGGAGUGGCACGGCAUUAGUUUAAUUUCUUCUGAUUAGCUUGGGUGAAGAUUGGUUAGAACGAUCUUCUCACUUCUUUUUCACCAACCACCCGUAAUAAUUAUUAUGGAUAACUCCAGUGGUUAUUACGGUCCGCCUCCUUUCUACCAAUCACCAAACCGCCCUCCGUUUCAACCCCACCAAACCUAUCACCCACAUCAGUACCCAUACGAUGAUGACUACCAAGUCAACAAUGGGUUUGACUACUAUCCCUACCAUGAGGAACCACCAUAUGAUACCCCGUCUAGAAACUUUGGAUAUUCUCCAUACCAAGAUCCUGAUGGGGAUGAUUAUUAUGAACCUCAUGGUGAUCAAGAUGACUAUGUCCAAUCUGGGCCUAUGUAUGACAAUCAACUUGAUCCUCUCGACAAAGAAAUCAUAAGAUUAGAGCAGAAGAUCUUCUAUUUUGACAAGGUUUUAUUUGCUGAAGGCUCCUGGUACGAACCACCUUACUCCCGUGACUACACCUUGUUUGCUGAAGAACAAAUUGAAGCAAACAAGGUGGCAAUUCGAGAAAGAGCAAAACUUCUUGAAUCAGUCCGGAAGGAAAAGGAGUUCGAGAGGAGAUUAUGCGAAAGAUCAGAAAUGAUGCAGAAAAUGUUGUACGACUUUCAAAGAGAGAGACUACAAGCUGAGUCUAAAGCCGAUAAAUUAGUCAAUGAUCUCUGUAUGGCUGUUGAACUUAAACGCUCCCUCCAAUCUCAAGAUCAAAUAAGGGAGAUUAAUGUUCAAAAAGAGGCUCUAGAACCUAAGACCAACCCUGAACCCAUCAACCAACAGGUUCCAGUUCUAGAAGAUUCACCCAGUUUUACACCAUCACAGAAACCCGAGAGCAUAACAACUCUUGCUAGGGCUACUGUGGUGAUGUUACCUAAAUCCCUUCCUAGCCAAGUCACAACCAGCAUAGUCGUACAGAAGGUGGAACCAACUGAGGGACUUGACUCAGAACCACCUAUGCUUAGUCAAGAAAAAGAGGAGGAAGUUUUGCCUAUAGCAAUAAACGACCAUCUCCUUAAUUGUGUUGAAGACACACCUCCAGAGGAACCUGUUCUGGAGGAGAUAGAGCCCACUACAAGCCCCCAAAAUUCCAAUGUCCACGAGUCUAAGGAGGAACCUAUAGAUGAAGAAAAGCCAACUUCGUCUAUAGAAACCUAUGCAACCAAUGAUUCAUCUGAUGAUUCAGAUCAAACUUUCUUUGACUCCCUACUUGACGGGUAUGACUAUGUCUGCCCGAAGGAUGGUUGGAACUUAAAGAGUUGGGAUGAACUUCUGAUGGAUGUUGCUUGGAUGAUCCCGCAUGGAAACUGCCGCACAUUACAGAAUCUGGAAGAGCUCCCCUUGCACUCAGAAGAAGCAAAGAAGAAGUUUCUCACUUGGGGAAACACGAAGAUGCUCCAGCCUCCCAUGGUGCUAGACCCUGCCUAUCUGGAUGAACUGGGGCACUGGCAGGACAUUGAUGAGUUGCUGUACGACCCAAAAUGGAGGAUCCUGCUAUUCCUGCAUGCACCAGCCAGCCUGGAAGUCACCAUCAAGUUUCUUUGCUCUCUCCGCUUCCUCAAUGACGGAGAGGAAGUAAAGUCAGCAGCUGAAGUCACCUCCACCACCAAGGUCACGUUCACUCUGAUGGGACGACUGUUGAACCUUACCGUGGCAGACUUAGGGUGGCUGAUUGGUCUUUACACGCUUGAUGAAACGCGGAGCCUGGCCUUCGCUAAUCUGCCCGACCAGUUGGAUCCAGAAUUCGAUGCUAAAAAUUUCUGGCAAGCUCAUGGGCAUGGUCGAUUUCACAGUGGAGCAAGCUUAGCUAGGAAUUGGGCACGACCGUCUUGGAGGAUUUUGCACCAUGCAUUGGCUCAUAGCUAUUUCGGCCGCUCUCAAGAACCUGACGUGGUGUUUGAUUCCGAUAUGCUAUUUUUCUGGAGUCUGGAAGCACGCGUUCCAGUCAAUCUAGCAACUUUUGUGGCUUGAUUCUUAUUUGCUCAGUCAACUUGCAACCACCAGUUUGUCUUGUGUGGGCCAAUGGUUACGCUUCUGGCCCGAGGAUUAUGUAUUUCCGUUCCCGAUGUUCUUCCAGAAGCUGCAAGCAUGUUCCGACCACCGACACAGUAUUUGGCCCAGAUUGUUUAUAAUAAGACAAGGAGGCACGUCCUAGAAGGCAGCAUACGAUUCCUAUGACCCUUCGCGAGCUUUCGCAAGCUAUGUUUGCAUUUCAGGACUCUGUAGCUCUCGCUUAAGGAGCAUGGAGACGCUCCUUCUCACGCAGCAGUGGCAGGUGGAGGAAAUACUUGACUACGUCCGGGAACAGGGAACAAAGAAAGCCGAGCAUGGGGCAGGUCCUAAACAAAGCAAACGUCAGGGA